UCCACAUUUACACUCCAAACCACAUCAUCAUCAUCACCAAACAACAACAACAACCUCUCUCAACGCCAAGUAAAACAAAGCAAAAAUGCCACGUCCAUCCAAACACCCUUCCAACACAAACACAAACGCCGCCUCAUCAUCCUCAUCAAGAUCACAGAAACCAGUCUUCUUCCACGGCCCCCACCGCGGAAACGGCUACCUCUCCCAAUGGUACUGGGCGCCCUUCAUCGUCGACGGCAUCCGCUACGAAACAGCCGAGAAAUGGAUGAUGCUGCAUAAAGCGCGGACUUUCCACGACGAGGCAGCUGAGCGUGCGAUUCUGGCUUCUACGGACCCCAAGGAAGCUAAAGAGUUGGGUCGGCUGGUUGAGGGGUUUGAUGAGCGGGUUUGGGAUGGUGGUGAGUUGUCUUUUUCUUCCCCCUUCUCUUUUACUAUUCUCUUCCUACUUGUCCUGUUUGCCUUUUGUGUGAUCGGGUCAUUCCGUAGCAGUGUUUUUCUACGGUUGAUGGGAAAGUGUUUAUUGAUAUGAAGAAAAUUUACUGACUC